AAGGUUCCAGAGGUUCGGCGGGGAGCCGCCAUGGCCGUGGCGCGGGAGGAGUUGCAGAAAGAUUUGGAAGAGGUGAAAGAACUGCUCACGAAUGCCACUAGGAAGCGGGUGCGUGAUGUCCUUGUGGCAGAGAAACAAAAGCUGGAGCUGGAAAUCAAGAAUCAGCCUCCACCAAAGCCAAAAGAUGUGACAGAGGAAGAAAAGUCAUCACUGGGAGGGUACACAGUGAAAAUAAACAAUUAUGGUUGGGAUCAGUCAGAUAAGUUUGUUAAAAUUUACAUCUCUUUAAAUGGUGUCCAGAAGCUUCCAGCUGAGAAUGUGCAGGUGAAUUUCACAGAGAGGUCAUUUGAUCUGUUAGUGAAGAAUCUGAAUGGGAAGAACUACACCAUGACCUUCAACAAUCUCCUGAAACCCAUCUCUGUGGAAGGCAGCUCUAGAAAGAUAAAGACAGACAUGAUCCUUGUGAUGUGUAAGAAGAAGCGGGAGGAAAAAUGGGAUUGUCUCACUCAAGUGGAAAAAGAAAGCAAAGAGAAAGAGAAGGCUGCCUAUGACACUGCAGAUCCUAGUGAGGGGCUUAUGAACAUUCUAAAGAAGAUGUAUGCAGAAGGGGACGAUGAGAUGAAGCGCACCAUCAAUAAGGCCUGGGUUGAAAGCAGAGAAAAGCAGUACAAAGGGGACAUACCAAUGGAUAUCUGAAAGUACUCUAAGGGCCGCCUUAAAACUGAUCUUCCAUGUGAGACGCUGUGCUGCAAAGAUCAUCGUUUACAUAACCUUCUUCCAAGCAAAGACAGUCAUUUUCCAUUUCAGGUUGGACAAAA